AUGGGGUCCAAACCGGCACGGAAUGCCCAGGCUAGAGCAACUGGCACCAUGUCGUCCGAGGUGAAGGCGCGCAAGAGGACGUUCUCAAAGAGGGAUGUUGUGAGGUAUCCGUUCUGGUUUGGGGGGAGCUCGAGUUGUUUCGCGGCUUGUGUAACGCAUCCUUUGGACCUUGGUACGCUUGUGCGCCUGCAAACCCGCUACGGAGACGCCCCGAAAACAAUGGUCGCAACCUUCGGCCAUAUCCUCCGCAGCGACGGCAUGCUGGGCCUCUACAGCGGCUUGAGCGCCUCCCUCCUCCGCCAGAUCACAUACAGCACCACGCGCUUCGGCAUCUACGAGCAGCUCAAGUCGGCGCAGUCCUCCAAGCCCAACUUCCCGACCUUGAUCGCCAUGGCCUCCGCAUCGGGCUUCGUCGGUGGCGUCGUGGGAAACCCAGCCGACGUCCUGAAUGUACGGAUGCAGCACGACGCCGCCCUGCCGAUGGAGCAAAGGAGGAGUUACAAGAACGCCGUGGACGGCCUGGUGCGCAUGACAAGGGAAGAGGGCUGGAAGACGCUGUUCAGAGGCGUGUGGCCAAAUAGCAUGCGUGCUGUUCUGAUGACCGCUUCUCAGCUGGCCUCGUACGACGGCUUCAAGAGUGUGUUGAUGGAUUUCACGCCUAUGGAGGAUAACCUGAAAACGCACUUUUCCGCCUCUUUCCUCGCGGGCUUUGUAGCGACAACGGUAUGCUCGCCCGUCGAUGUUAUUAAGACCCGCGUGAUGAGUAGCCAUGAAAGUAAAGGCUUAGCGACGCUGCUAGCGGAUGUGUACAAGAUGGAGGGCGUAGGCUGGAUGUUUAGGGGCUGGGUGCCAAGCUUCAUUCGGCUAGGCCCUCAUACGAUCGCUACGUUCUUGUUCUUGGAGCAGCAUAAAAUUAUGUUUAGGAAGUUGAAUGGGAUCGCAGAAGCAGAACAGCCAAUAUAA